AGCCGGGCCGGAAGGGGCGGCGCUCCCCGCCGGGCUCUGGCCGUGCGGGCGCGGAAUGGCCGCCGCCGUGUAGCGGGAGCGCCGCCGCCAUGGGCCGCGAGUCCAGGCAUUAUCGGAAGCGCUCUGCGUCCCGGGGCCGCUCCGGGAGCCGCUCCCGGAGCCGUUCCCCGUCGGACAAGAGGAAGCGCGAGGACAGGCGCUCCAGGAGCCGCGACCGGGACCGCAGGCGCGAGAGGUCGCGCAGCAGGGACAAGAGAAGGUCUCGCUCGCGGGACAGAAAGCGUCAAAGACGUUCAAGGAGUAGAGAACGGGAACGGAGCCGAGAGAGAAGACGAUCCCGGAGCCGAGAGAGGAGGCGCUCGAGGAGCAGGAGUAGAGGGAGACGCUCUCGAUCCUCCAGUCCAAGCAAGAACAGGAAAACAGAAAACAGAUCAAGAUCUAAAGAAAAGACAGAAGGUGUGGAAGUUUCCAAAGAAAAGAAAAAAGACAAAGAUGACAAAGAGGAAGAGAAAGAUAAAGAUGCUACCACAAAUGCUGUGGCCACCGAGAAUUUCGAUCAGAACAAACUAGAAGAAGAAAUGAGAAAACGAAAAGAAAGAGUGGAGAAAUGGAGGGAAGAACAACGCAAGAAGGCAAUGGAAAACAUAGGAGAGCUGAAAAAAGAAAUUGAAGAGAUGAAACAGGGGAAAAAAUGGAGUUUAGAAGAUGAUGAUGAUGAUGAAGAGGAAACUGCAGAAGGAGAAAAAGAAGGCAAUGAGGUUGAAGAUGAGGAGUUAGAUCCUUUAGAUGCUUACAUGGAAGAAGUAAAAGAAGAGGUCAAGAAGUUCAAUAUGAGAAGUGUGAAAGGUGGAGGUGGGAGUGAAAAGAAAACUGGACCAACUGUUACCAAGGUGGUAACUGUGGUGACAACCAAAAAGGCAGCUGCUGAGUCAGAAAAGAAGAAAGGGGAGCUCAUGGAGAAUGACCAAGAUGCAAUGGAGUAUUCCUCAGAAGAGGAGGAAGUUGACCUUCAGACUGCCCUGACUGGCUAUCAGACCAAGCAGAGAAAGCUGCUGGAACCAGUGGAUCAUGGAAAGAUAGAAUAUGAACCUUUCAGGAAAAACUUCUAUGUUGAAGUUCCAGAACUAGCUAAAAUGACUCAAGAAGAGGUCAAUGUGUACAGGCUGGAGCUGGAGGGAAUUACAGUCAAGGGAAAAGGCUGUCCCAAACCAAUAAAAACCUGGGUACAAUGUGGUAUUUCCAUGAAGAUUCUGACUGCCCUCAAAAAACAUGGCUAUGAAAAGCCCACUCCAAUUCAAACCCAGGCUAUCCCAGCAAUUAUGAACGGACGGGAUUUGAUCGGCAUUGCUAAAACAGGAAGUGGAAAAACUAUUGCAUUUCUCUUGCCCAUGUUCAGACACAUUAUGGAUCAGAGAGCACUAGAAGAAGGAGAAGGUCCCAUCGCUGUCAUUAUGACACCUACACGUGAGUUGGCUUUGCAGAUUACCAAGGAGUGCAAAAAAUUCUCAAAGACACUUGGGCUUCGAGUUGUCUGUGUUUAUGGAGGAACAGGAAUCAGUGAACAGAUAGCUGAACUCAAAAGAGGUGCUGAAAUUAUUGUUUGCACACCUGGACGUAUGAUUGACAUGUUAGCAGCUAACAAUGGUCGGGUGACAAACCUCCGUAGAGUCACGUACGUUGUACUUGAUGAAGCUGACAGAAUGUUUGACAUGGGGUUUGAGCCUCAGGUCAUGCGCAUUGUAGACAACGUCAGGCCUGACCGUCAGACUGUCAUGUUCUCUGCUACUUUCCCCAGAGCUAUGGAGGCCCUGGCUCGCAGGAUCCUCAGUAAACCCAUAGAGGUGCAGGUUGGAGGCAGAAGUGUUGUCUGUUCUGACGUGGAGCAACACGUGAUUGUCAUAGAAGAGGAGAACAAAUUUCUGAAGUUACUGGAGCUACUGGGACAUUAUCAGGAGAAAGGAUCUGUUAUCAUAUUUGUAGAUAAGCAAGAACACGCUGAUGGCUUGUUGAAAGAUUUAAUGAGGGCCUCUUAUCCUUGCUUGUCUCUCCAUGGAGGUAUUGAUCAGUAUGACAGGGACAGCAUCAUUAAUGACUUCAAGAAUGGAACCUGCAAGCUUCUGGUGGCCACGUCCGUGGCAGCGAGGGGCUUGGAUGUGAAGCAGCUGAUGCUGGUGGUCAAUUACAGCUGUCCCAACCACUACGAGGACUAUGUGCACCGAGCAGGCCGCACUGGGCGAGCUGGCAAUAAAGGAUAUGCAUAUACAUUCAUUACUGAGGAUCAGGCACGUUAUGCUGGUGAUAUCAUUAAGGCUUUGGAAUUGUCUGGGAAUCCAAUUCCUCCUGAUUUGGAGAAGCUCUGGGCUGACUUCAAAGACCAACAGAAGGCUGAGGGAAAGUUGAUUAAAAAAAGCAGUGGAUUCUCUGGCAAAGGUUUUAAAUUUGAUGAAACAGAACAGGCAUUGGCUAACGAAAGAAAGAAGCUACAAAAAGCAGCUCUUGGCUUGCAGGAUUCCGAUGAUGAAGAUACAGCUGUUGAUAUUGAUGAACAAAUUGAAAGCAUGUUCAAUUCAAAGAAAAGAGUAAAAGACAUGGCAGCACCAGGAACAUCAAAUGCUCCUACACCAUCAGCUGGGAAUGCAGAAAAAUUGGAAAUUGCUAAAAGAUUGGCUUUGAGAAUCAAUGCCCAGAAGAAUCUUGGAGCAGAGGCACAAGUCAUGGUUCCCUUCCACUUUAAGGAUGUGAUGCAGCAGGCUACAAAUGCUAUCCUGAGAGGAGGCACGAUUCAAGCUCCUACUGUGUCUGCCAAGACCAUUGCAGAGCAACUGGCUGAAAAGAUCAAUGCCAAGCUCAAUUAUGUACCCAUAGAGAAGCAGGAGGAAGAGAAACAGGAUGGAGGACAGAAUGAAUCCUUCAAGAGAUAUGAGGAAGAAUUAGAGAUCAAUGACUUCCCACAGACUGCCAGAUGGAAAGUUACCUCCAAAGAAGCACUGCAGAGAAUCAGUGAAUAUUCUGAAGCUGCCAUUACAAUCAGGGGAACUUACUUCCCUCCAGGCAAAGAACCCAAGGAAGGAGAACGAAAGAUUUAUUUGGCUAUAGAAAGUGCCAAUGAACUUGCUGUACAGAAAGCAAAGGCAGAAAUCACACGACUUAUAAAAGAGGAGCUCAUCAGAUUGCAAAAUUCUUACCAACCAACCAACAAAGGAAGAUACAAAGUUCUAUGAGCAUUUGGAGUUAUUUGUCUGCUAGUAGCUGCAUGCUCUGGAGCCCAGGACUGGCAAGAAGCUCCUGUAUUGGCAGAAGAAGGAACUCGUGCUUUGAGGCCCUUCCUCUCCUUGAAAAUGUGCAUCCUUCGGCGAAAUCUCCACUGAGAGAGGAGGAGAAUGGCGUUUUGUGGUUCGGAUGUGGGAAGGCUCAACAUUUCAUUGCAUCACUUAUCUUACAGAUAAUUAAUGCAGUCAUUUGGUGCUGCUAAUGAGUCGGCCCUUUAGAGGAAGAAAAGGAGGAAGCAGAUUCAGAACCGGAGGAACACCUUUGCUUCAGGCCCUGGGAGGUGUGACAGAAGAAGAGAGUGGCAGAGCAGUUUAUCAGUGUUUGGUCCCUGUUGUUAUCAGCACAGUUUCACAGAGGGGACCGGGCCCUGUUGCUAGCACAUGACAAUUUUAGCUGGCUCAGCUGGUGUGGGUUUGCCUGCAGUUUGGUGCAGGGCAGUGACACCAACCUGGCCAGCACAGAGCCAUGGCCAGAUCCAGGUCACACGAUUAGAUCUUGCUCUGCUCUGCCAGCAACAGCCUUAACAACAGCUGGGCUCCAGCUCCACAGCUUGGGAUGGAGCCUUUCACUGCCUCACACUGCACUUCCACUCCUCUAGUGUCUGAUGGCUUCUCUCUUCUGUUGAGACCAAAAUUUCUGCAGAAAUCAGGAGGAUAAGUCCAGCCUGACUUCAUCACCUUCCAGAUUAAAACAUUGCAAAUAACAGGACACUGAGAAGGUAUCAAACUGAACCAUUUUUAUUGGCAUUUCCAACAGGCGUUUGAACAGCAGAAAGAUGAGCUUUGUAAAUAAACGGAAUCAUUUGCUAAAUUAAGCUAAAUAAAUGCUGCUUUCCCCUGCUGCUUUCUUAUAUUGCAAGUGAGGAUUCCUGCAUGCAUUAGGAAGAAAUGGCAAGAAUACGAAUCAUCAUCUUGGCAGGAUGUUUCACAGCAAUUUUUGGCCUGAAGAGCUCCAAGUAUUGUAGAAAUGGAAUGUCUUCGUGUUGGAGUACAGCAGUCUGCUCCUCAAACAACAGCAGGAGAGGAAAAUAUUUUUAAAAGCAGAAUUAACCAUUUGUGAAAGCUACAGGUUCUUCUUUCCUGGUCUUUUUUUGCUUUUAUUAUCUAAAACCUCAUCUGAAUAAUACACAACAUUUUUCAGGCUCUUUUGUGUGUCAGUCAUUUAAGGACCAAUGUGGUUAUUCAGACCCUGGACCUCAAGGGUGCUCAUGAAGGGCAGGAAUCUGUUAUAGUCAUUAACAAAUGUGCAUUAAAAAAUACGUUGGUCACAGCCCUCCACCAAGUGGGCAAAAGGUUGGAUGGUGAAAUGUGCUGGGCACUUAAAAUGUUUCUAUGGGAUCUUUUUGUAAACAGUUGAAGUUGCAAUUCCUGCAGUUGCUGUUCCUGCUUGCAGGUAUGAAACUGUGCUUAUAAGGCAAGACUGAACUCUUCAGAACACGGAUGGAUGAAACCAAGAAACGUGUUUAAUAACCAGCAGUCCCAGAGAUGGUCCGUGCCCGGACCCAGCCCCGUGUGAGCUCCGCCGGGAAGGACAGCUGUUCCCACUGCAGAGUCAGCAGGGAGACAGAACUCAUGGGACACAUCCUGCUAACAGCCCUGGAGCUGGACUACUCCGAAACGGACUGCAGCGUGUGCUGGAGUGCAGGUGGUGGAGUCACCGGCCCUGGAGGCGUUUGGGUAAAGCCUGGAGGUGGCACUCAGUGCCGCGGUCUGUUCGACGAGGCGGUGUCGGUCAUAGGCUGGGCCCGGUGACCGCAGCGGUGCAUUCCGACCCAAGUGAGCGUGUGCGUGUACUUUUGGCACAGAAGAUACCACACUCCUCGCUUCCAGGGAUGUGCAGGGCCACGCACGGUGCCUCAGGCGUUCGGGACACGGCCGUGCCCUCACCAGCCUCACCUCUGCCCGCCCGCCCCACAAAAU